AAUCGACUACUCUUACCCUUGCUCCAGAAUUGUCCCAGAAUACCCGCCUGUCAGAUGUCACUCAACUUACCGAAUCGCGGUUCAGCCAAGCACGAGAACCACUUGAUUGUUCGUAGGAGAACGACCACCUGGUAUCCCAAGCGUCAAAUAUACCGGGCGGCAAACCGACUGUUGGGAUCACGAGGCCUUCCCAAUCAUUCGAUCCUUAUCAUGCCCUGCUAGAAAGAUCCAUGCAGAGGAGCCAGACUGAUUGGAACCUACAAGAGAGCCCACUGGUUCGCCAUGGCCCAGAUCGACAAGUAUCCGACUUGGGACCAUUGCAAAAUCCGACAGCAGCCGAGUUCUCAAGCUAUCGAACAAUGUCUGUGGAUUCACCUUUCACUCAGACGCAUGCGUCAUAUGCCCAACCGGUUGAAGUCCGCAGUCCCUACCAGCAACCCAACAGCCGGCUGUCGAAAAUGCAGCGAUCGCGCGAUACUGUGGCUGAAAUCCGAAGUCUGUUGCCCCGGCCGCGCAAGCUGCCAUUUUCAUCAACAACUCAGAAGCUUGCGGACGAAGUUUCAGUAGACAACAGGGAAGAGACACGGCCCCCACGAAGAAAAUCGCAAGGCCAUGCCAAGAAGACUGCAUCAUCGAGGAAUCGGCUCCAAGAUCCUUCGGUCAACGACGUGAAAGACCAAUCCGGCGAACUAGUCAAAAUUGACCUUCAAGCGGAUGCCAACUUGGAAACUCGCAAGGAUGCCAACAAGUUGGCAAGUCCCAGACCAACGGUGAGCUUGCAUUCGAAAUCCAAAGAAGCCCAGCCAACUGCCAACCAGUCAAGAGCACGGGUUAAAAAACGAGCCAAAACACCGACCUCACGGGCUAAGAGGAAAGUCGCCAGAGGCUUGCCCAGAAGAGCACCUCGAAAACCCAGCAUCAAGGCCUCAUCUCCUUCGGAAAAGGUCCCAAGUAGAAUCACAAGGUCAAAGGCACGUAGCGCCUUGGUGACGAGCGCAGAAGACGAUGGAGCGAGCCUCUCUGCGGAGCAGACUUCAGAGGCGACGAGCCUACCUAUAGAGCAGACCCCAACGGACGCCUCGACUGGAUCAGUUGCCGAGACGUCAACGCGGCAAACGAGAAAAGCGACACGCGAGGGACUGUCGGAAGCCGUGACGUCUAAUGCAGCGCCAGCUCUCUCAGAAGCAGAGAAGAAAGACCAGGAAACAUCAAAACGACGCAGGACUACGGAGCCUGUGGCCCAGAAAGACUCGGGAUCAGCAAACCGGCGGAAAAGGGCACGGGCGUGCAAAGUCAACGCCACGCAAGAGCAUGCCCAGAAGAGACCCAAGGUGAUCGCUUGUGAGUUGUGCCACAUACGCAGAUUAAAGUGCGAUUUGCAGAAACCAUGCUCGAGCUGCCGCACAGUAAGUGUAAAUUGCGAAAUCUCGAAUGCAGUGCUGAUGCCAGUCAGAGAAAUGUUGUUUGCCGCCCUAGGAACGCAACGGAUCGUCAGCGACAACACAGUUCAACGAGCGUUGCUCAUCAGCAAGAGAACGAACCCGAACAGCCCAACAGCACAAGUCAACCGGCACCUGAAGGUCAGGCUGGACCUUGUGCCAGUAAUGUUCUGUGUGAAGCCCAGGCUGAAGUUCAACAAACUCCUCAAUGUCCUCAGAGUUCGGGCACCUCCUCGACGCACACUCCUCCUACGCAGCUGGACAUCCCAAUCCUGAUCACGGAAACGAUGUUGGACCAGGUCAACGCAGUUUCUGCUGUCGUGCUGGACCAAUAUGAAGCCGAUGCCCGCGCCUGCGGUGCGCAUGGAAAUGCAGAGGCUUUCUACGACCAGCUGAUGACCGCAAGGCGAGACUACUGGUACGGACAGCUCGUGGAGACAGCUCGUUCACCAUGGGCCACACCACUGUA